AUGUCUCCCCACCAACGACUAGUACUAUUUGCCAUUCUGAUGAGCGGAGGCUUAGCUACUGACCCGCCAAGCACCAAGAACUGCUUAACAGUUUGCGAGUCAAUCAGCAAAUUGUAUCCUUCUGAAAUUCUAUUCCCAUCUUCACUCGGUUUCCAGACCGCUCAGCAAUCUUACUGGAACUUGUUCCAACGUGAGGCUGCGCCAUCUUGCUUUUUCCAGCCUACCACGAGUGAGCACGUCUCGACAGCUAUAACCCAGGUGGUACAGGAAAAUUGCCCCUUUUCUAUCAAGGGUGGUGGCCACUCUUCAAACAUUGGAGCCUCCAGUAUCACCGGCGGCUUUCAGUUCGAUCUCGCCAAGAUGAGAGAAUUUAAAGUCUCAGACGACAGGAAAUCCGUGACUGUGGGCCCAGGGUGGCGCUGGGGUGAAUUGCUUCAGGAGCUUCAGCCACUUGGAGUCAUCGCAGUUGGAGGCAGGGAUGCCGGUGUCGGUGUUCCUGGCUUUGUGUUUGGUGAUGGCUCUCUUGUCACUGCCAACCAAACGUCUCACCCUGAUUUGUACAAGGCUUUGCUUGGAGGCGGUGCACAUAACUUUGGUAUUGCCACAGCCCUCAAACUUGAACUCCAUCCUUAUGACGGAAUGUGGGGUGGUUAUGUUCUCCAAACGGGCGACCAGAUCGAUCACGUUUUUGCAGCCUAUGAUAAGUUCUUCCACAAGCUGCAGAAUGAUCAAAAAGGCCAUAUGAUCUUGGAUAUCACCAGAGUCAAUGGAUCAAUUACAGCUGUUGAGUUCAUCGGUUAUCCGGAGCCAGUGGAGAAUCCCCCCCUCUAUGACAGCGUUUAUGCUCUUUCAAGUUCAGGUAGUACGCUCCGUUUGGCCAAUUAUACCGAUCUCGCAGCGGAAAUGGCCGUGGUGACCAACUCGAGGGGUCUACGUAACACAUACCGGACCUUGACUGUUGAGUAUGAUGCUGAGCUACUCAGAGAGAUUUUUGACAUCUGGGCUGAAGUCACUGAACCCCACGCUGCGGUGAUUACUGCAACCCUGGAUAUCAACGUCAUCACCAGUCAGAUGAGGAAUAGGUCAUCCCGCACUAUCAAAAACACAUACGGUCUUGGAGGGGCAACCAAUCAGCUGAUUAUCGUCAUGUUCUCAUUGUCCUGGGAUGAUGACGCACAAGACACGAUCAGCCAUCGCUUGGUACAGGAUUUGGGAAAUGCUAUCGAAAACCUUGCCAACCAAGCAGGCAAAUUGAAGCGCUUCAGGUAUAUGAACUAUGCUCACGUAGAGCAAGACGUUAUUUCGAGCUUUGGAGACAGUAACAAGCAGUUACUGAAGGAUGUUGCAAGAACAUAUGACCCUAAUGGUGUGUUUCAAUGGUUGCAACCCGGAGGUUUUAAGCUAGAUGGUUAGAACAGUUAAGCG